GCGCCAAAACUCAAAACAGGAAACACAUACAUGUGUGAGUGUGCUAUGUCAAAAACAGUGCUGUGAGGGAGAAAAAAAAUCAUUUAUUUCACUUUUAUGAUGUGAAUGUGUGUAGUAGUUUGCAAACAUAACAGGAAUGGAUUGAACACAUAUAGAUACAGCAUGUCACAGAAUGAAUCCUGACUGAAUUAGUACACAAAUAAAUAUGAUGCUCACUCCGGAUCAGGUGUCCUUGAUAGGACUGGUUUUUGAGACCUAUGUGAUGGAGCACCACAAGAAUGACGUACUUCAGAUCUUACAGGAGACCAGUGGAAAUGCCCACUAUCCGGUUGUAGUGAACGCCAUGACGUUAUUUGAGGAUAAUAUGGAGGUCGGAGAGUGUUUUAAUGCAUUUCCCAGCCAGGUGCUGCCUAUAUUUGACAAUGCCUUACAGAGAGCCGCUCUGUCCAUAUCUCAGUCCUGCUUCCCACUGCAGCAGAGCUUCACCCUCAGACAUCAUCUCCAUGUACGAAUGUCAGGGUUGCCUGUGUGUCCUGAGCUGACCAGAGAUCACAUUCCCAAAGCCAGAGACGUGGGACACUUCCUAUCCGUUACAGGAACGGUCAUCCGCACCAGCGUGACAAAAGUGCUGGAGAGCGAGAGAGACUACAUGUGCAAUAAGUGCCGGCAUGUGUUCUCGGUGCAGGCCGAUUUCGAGCAGUUUUACACCUUUGCCCCUCCCACCAGCUGCCCCAAUGAGGAUGGAUGCAGUUCUUAUAAAUUCACCUGUCUGUCAGAAAGUGAUGCUUCACCAGCCGCCUGCAAGGACUAUCAGGAGAUCAAAAUUCAAGAGCAGGUUCAGAGACUAUCAGUAGGCAGUAUCCCUCGGUCUAUGCUCAUAAUCUUGGAAGAUGAUCUUGUGGACAGCUGUAAAUCAGGUGAUGACAUCACUGUGUAUGGAGUGGUCUGUCAGCGCUGGAAGCCAUUUUUUCAGGAUUGUCGCUGCGAUGUUGAGAUUGUGUUGAAAGCGAACUAUAUCGAGGUCAAUAAUGAGCAGUCCACCACAGCUCUGGGGCUGGAGGACAUUCAGAAGGAAUCUGAAGAAUUUUGGGAGAGGCACAAAAAUGAUCCAUUGGCUGGCAGGAACCAAAUCCUGAUGAGUCUUUGCCCUCAGGUGUUUGGGAUGUAUGUCGUGAAGCUGGCCGUUGCUAUGGUUUUGGCAGGUGGGGUACAGAGAAUAGAUGCCUCGGGAACCAAGGUGAGAGGGGAGUCUCAUCUGCUGCUCGUGGGUGAUCCAGGGACUGGAAAGUCACAGUUUUUAAAGUAUGCUGCAAAGAUUACACCACGCUCAGUGCUUACGGCAGGAAUUGGAUCCACUAACGCAGGUCUGACAGUGGCAGCUGUGAAGGACUCCGGUGAAUGGCAUCUGGAGGCAGGAGCCCUCGUCCUUUCUGAUGGAGGUCUGUGCUGUAUCGAUGAGUUCAACAGCAUUAAAGAGCAUGAUCGUACCAGCAUUCAUGAGGCCAUGGAGCAGCAAACCAUCAGCGUGGCCAAAGCCGGAAUGGUGUGCAAACUGGACACAAGGACCACCAUCCUAGCAGCGACUAACCCAAAGGGCCAGUAUGACCCUAAUGUGUCUGUAUCUGUGAAUGUGGCUCUGGCCAGCCCCCUCCUGAGUCGCUUUGACCUUGUGCUGGUUCUGCUGGACACCAAGAACCCAGAGUGGGACAACAUCAUCUCAUCCUUCAUAUUACAGAAUAAAGGAGCUCCAAGUGAGUCGUCUUGUUUAUGGAGUAUGGAGAAGAUGAGGGCCUAUUUCUGCCUGAUCAAAAGCCUUCAGCCUCAAGUGACACAAGAAGCAAACAUCAUACUGAGUCGCUACUAUCAACUGCAGAGGCAGAACGACAGUCGUAAUGCGGCCCGCACCACCAUCCGCAUGCUGGAGAGUCUCAUUCGACUCGCUGAGGCUCACGCCAAGUUGAUGUUCAGAGAGACUGUGUCAGUUGAAGACGCUGUUGUCGUCGUGUCUCUUAUGGAGUGCUCUAUGCAGGGGGGCGCUCUGCUUGGCAAUGUUAAUGCGUUGCACACUUCCUUUCCUGAUAACCCCUGUGAGCAGUACAGAACACAGUGUGAGGUUGUGCUCGAAAGACUGGGCUUGACCGAUAUCCUACACAAAGAGCUCCAGAGACUCUCAAGGCUACAGAACACAAGAUCAAGCUCUCCUAAAGGGACCGUACCACAUACUGAACACACAAAUGGGAAUGAGACUGACAAAAAUCACAGUAACGGUGAGCUGACCCUUGAGUCCGACCGAGGCCUAGACUGGUUCCACUCCUUAUCCAGCCCGAACAGUACCGAUUCAAUUGUUCACGCCUCCCCCGUCGUCACCUCGACUCAAAACGGCACAUCGGCACGACGCAUGGCAGUGUUGCCUAGCAACAGCGGCGGUUCUGCUCACCAAAAGGAUUCAGCACCGGAGAACAAUGUAGGUUUCUCCAAGAAAAAGGCAGACAAACCCACUACAGUGGUAGACAGUGGCUCCAAAAAGCUCAGAGGCAAAAGGUUAAAAGCCAUAAAAGCGGUUCUCAUGCAGAGUGAGGACAGGGGCAUUGAAGACAGAGAAGAUGCAGAAAAUGAUCUUGAGGUGUUUAUUUCAGACACGUGUCCUUCACACAGCACACCCAUGACAGUAAAGAAACCCACUAAAAGGAAAAGGCAAACUAUCAGUUCAUUUGAGAUUGAUCAGGAGCCUGAGGGUGCCGAAAACUUACGUGCCAAACUCACAAACUUCACCUUUAAGCCCAGAAAUAGAUUAACUCAUGCAGGUCCGUCAGAUGAUAACACUUGUUCAGAUAUCUUUCUGAAAGGCAGUGAGCGGAGGGAACCUACAGUGUCUCGAUUGCAAGAAAAAGAACCGGUUGAUGGGAAUCAGUCAAGCCCACAUUGGCCAGCAGAGGGCAGCAAUAGUAAAGAGAAACUCGUGAUGGGAAAUAAAAACAAAAACAAAGAUCCCUCAGAGGUUUCCAGUGAGGACACCAGAGCUAAAAAUGGAAAUUUCAGAGAGAUUGAACAUAAGCAACAGAUGCCACCGAGAACAAACAGGCUUUCUCCGGGUGAAAGCAGCGACAAUAUCAAUAAACAGCCACCAUCCCUGACAAAACAAGACCAACCUAAGGUGGCCAGCUCCACUCUAGCUAAACUUUCCAGAUUCUCUUUUAUUGCCUCGACUGAGGAAAAGUCUGGUGAUGAAACAACCCCAGUUCCACCUAAGGCCAAAACCUUUAUAAGCACCAGUACAAACAACACACCAACAAACGUACGAGAAGAAAUCGCAGAUUCUACCGCACAGAUAAAUAGGUCACAAAAUAACACGACCCUAAAGACGAGGAAAAAUAUAACCGCAGAAGAACCAAAGACCAUCACACCACAGACAGGGUACAUAAGGACAGAAACCUCCGGUAUACGGGAAGCAGCCAGGCAGAAUGCUGAGAACCCAAUGAAGAGGAGAUGUUUUGAAUUGGGCUCCAAAGGCCCUGCAGGACUCUUUACAGGUCAUUCUUUGUUCAGCUCAUCUGUCAUAGAUGAUGAUGAUGACGACCUGGAUGUUGAAUGGAACUGAGAUGUUUGCUGUUUGUUGAGUGUUUUGUACUAUUUGACACAAUAUUUCAUUUUUCUGUUUCUCUUUGAAAUGUAAUGUGUUGAAUGAAAUGUGUUUCAGUAAAUAUCGUUUACAUUUUUAUAA